AUGUGUCAUUCAGCUCUCAUCAGCACCUUCAACCCCUCGGUCCUACACCUGUCCCCUCCGCCUGGCACAGUGGGAGAGACACCGGACAGCCAAGCCAGAGACCUCCUGCAUCAAGCUGAAGAAAUAGUGGAGCUCAUGAAAGCAGAUCAGAUGAUGGACUUCCAAAAUGACUGGAAACUGAUCACAGUGUUUUUUAGUGCUGAAGCCCCAUGUUCCUCCUAUGCUUCCACACAACUGAAGGACUGCAUAUCAGAAAACCUGGAAAACCUUACAGUUGUCUUAGACUUUUUGUAUGAGAAGGUUCCCAAGGCCUUCGUAAAUCUAGUGGAUUCCACUGAGCUCACAACUGCCUCUCUUGCAUGCCAAGAUUACAGUAAUGCCAGCAAGCCAGGCAGGAAUCAGUGCAGUUAUGUUGAGCACUCCACAUUACAUGAUAACAUACUAAGGUGGUCCUAUCAGGAUGCUUUGGAAAAACUACUGGAGUCUGAGAGGUUUGAUCAAAAGAAUGACUUCACUGUUGUCCUUCAGCCUUCCCUCCAAGGAAGAAAUUUGCUGCUCAGACUGGGCACCACAUCAAAGACACAAGUGGAAGUUCUGGAGGAUUAUAUUUUCAUGGCUGUGAGCCUCUGGAACAACAUGAUGCAGCCAGUUGGACAGAAGCAGCCUUAUGGGGUCACAAAAAUUGUCCAGUGUCCAUCUCAGGAAAAUCCAUAUUUGUUUACAUAUAGAAAUAGUAACUACUCAUCUUCCCUGAGGACAUCAAACACCAAAGAAACACCUCAGGAGAGGAGUUAUGGAACAAAUAUUCCCUGUCCUGACCGGGUUCCCUCUGAUACAGUUCCCAUUUCAGUUCAUAAUUUGAAACCAGCAGAUAUUCAGGUGAUUGCUGCCCUGGGAGAUUCACUCACAGCAGGUAAUGGGGCAGGAUCCAAACGCUAUGAUGUUCUGGAUGUCCUGACUCAGUACCGAGGCCUUUCUUGGAGUGUUGGAGGAAAUGAAAACAUAAGCACAGUCACGACACUACCAAAUAUUCUUCGUGAGUUCAACCCAUCCUUGGUAGGAUAUUCCAUUGGCACUGGAAGACAGAAUUCUAUUAAUGCUGCGUUCAACCAAGCUGUGGCCGGGGCUCGUGCACAGUAA